UAUAACGUAUGUAUCCGUAUUUCGUGCCGACGAAAAGUCUCUAGAUGUGAAAAAUCUCUGACACGGGUUGGGGGUACAAGCUUGUCUGACGAAAAGAAAAAGUAGAAGAGAGGGGAGGACACCUGUGAACUCUCUCUGUAUGAAGCAAACUUGGCACUCUUUGUAGGCCGCCCUAUCUAAUCUGAUAUCCCUAAAAAUCCCUAGCUUGCUCUACCGUAGGCCGCCCUUCUCCCUUCGUUCUCCUGGAUCAGUAGCAGUCCGUGAUGGAUGCCACAAACAACUCGAGCAGCCCAAAGAAAACAGCGAGGAAGAAGAAGAAGCGAGGUGGGAGCGGGAGCAAGAAGAAGAUGACCGCCGAGCAGACUUUAGCUUUCAAGUCUGUGAGUGAAUGGGUUUUCUUGGAACAGCACCAAGCUUCUUCCGCUGCAGCGUCGGAUGAUUUUGGGGUUUCGUUGGUGCAAAGGAGCACUCCAAACAAGCUACUCUUUGAAUUGCAUUCCCAUUCAAAUUGCAGUGAUGGGUUUCUUUCGCCUUAUAAGCUGGUCGAGAGGGCUCACGAAAAUGGGGUGAAAGUUCUUGCUCUGACAGAUCAUGACACAAUGUCUGGCAUCCCCGAGGCCCUAGAAGCAGCUCGGAGACAUCGCAUUAAGAUAAUUCCAGGUGUUGAAAUAAGUACAAAAUUCUACCCAAGAGGAGAGUCUGCACCAGAGGAGCCAGUUCACAUCCUUGCAUACUACAGCAGCUGUGGACCAACAAGUUUCGAAGAUCUGGAAAAGUUCUUGUCAAAUAUAAGGGAUGGUCGUUAUCUUCGUGCAAAAAAUAUGGUCUUGAAAUUGAACAAGCUCAAGUUCCCUCUUAAAUGGGAGCAUGUCGCAAAGAUUGCAGGCAAGGGAGUUGCUCCUGGGAGAGUGCAUGUGGCCCGUGCGAUGGUUGAAGCCGGCUAUGUGGAAAAUUUGAAACAAGCUUUUGCCCGCUAUCUUUACGAUGGUGGACCAGCAUACUCUACGGGAAGCGAACCUCUGGCAGAAGAAGCAAUAAAACUGAUAUGUGACACGGGAGGUGUGGCUGUGCUAGCUCAUCCUUGGUCAUUGAAAAAUCCAGUUGCCAUCGUCAAAAGUUUGAAAGAAGCUGGUCUUCAUGGGAUCGAAGUUUACAGAAGUGAUGGAAAACUAGCUGUGUACAGUGAUCUUGCUGAUACUUAUGAUCUGCUGAAGCUUGGAGGGUCAGAUUACCAUGGGAGAGGUGGGCAUCGCGAGUCCGAGCUGGGUAGUGUGAAUCUUCCAGUAUUGGUUUUGCGUGACUUUCUUAAAGUAGCUCGACCAAUUUGGUGCUGUUCCAUUCGGCGCAUUUUAGAAAAUUAUGCCGAGGAGCCUUCGGAUUUGAAUCUAGCAAGGGUUACGAGGUUUGAGAAAGGAGGUUCCCACUUAAGCUGCGGCAAGGACCUGAUUGAUCGUUGCUUCAAUUUGUGGUUGACAAGUGAUGAGAGGCAGAAUGCAGUUUUUGAGGCCAUUAGAUUGAAGCUUUCCCAUGUUUCAAUUAAUAAGGGAGGUAUCCAGGUUCUUAUAGAGAGUACAUAAAAUCCUCAUGGAUUGAUAUGUUUUCAGGUACCAAUGAGGUGAUAUGUAAUUUAUUGUUCCAACUCUUUUAGUUUUUGCCUUAUUUUUUCGGGAACUUUUGCCUUCACUGUCACACUAUCAAGUGAGUGGAAGAGAUGAAUUUUGUUCAA